UAAGAUCCCAGAGGCAGGAGCCGAGCAUGGACGUAACUAUAGACGUGUAGACAUUUAUUUGGAAUUAUUACAUUAAACAUUGUGACGACAUGGCUCAGCGCAGGAUCUUCGCACUGCUUGCAUUAUGUAUUGCUCAAAUUCACAGUCAAAAAAUCCUCUCGGAAAAGAAAAAAUGUGGCGAUCCUCAAUGUGAAAGUUUGAUGAUCAGAGCACAAGCUAAUCAAGACUAUGUAGGACCUGACUGCAGAUAUCUCAGCUUCAAGAUGGGAGCGGAAGUCAAUGUGUAUUAUAAACUAUCUGGGAAAAGAGAAGACCUGUGGCAAGGAAGUACCGGAAAGGCAUAUGGAUUGUUUUCAAAAGAUGCUGUGAACAUCGAAGAGAUUUACAUAACAGAGGAAUAUGAGGUCCCGGCACAGGAAAUUGAUUUUGUUUGUCUAAACGGGGGCGAAUAUAUUUUUGAAAAUGAAGAUAGUGUUCUGCAUAAAAACAGAGAAAAUGAAUAUAUGGAAAUAAAUUUUGAUCUGAAUGAAACCGAAGAUGGGAUCAAAACACAUUCAGAUGAUCACGUUAAUAGAGAUCAAGAAGUAGAUCCCAGUCUACAGACAUCUGAUCAAGAGCCAGAGGCAGUAGUUCCUGCAGAAAAACAGUCCUGGGGUCCUUCAGGUUUUGCAAGGUGGCUCGGUUUUAAAAAGGAUCAAGAAACGGUAAAGGAAACUAUGCAAAUGGACACAGAACCAAGAGAAGAUGACACAUUUCGCACAAGAAGAAUUGCGGCUUCUGAAGAGCAGGAUGUUAAAGGAUUAGAUGAUGCACAGACAGAAAAGUCUGGCUGGUUUAGUGGAAGAAUAAGACGUUUCCUGCCUUUUGGACAAAAAGAUAGCAAUUCUGGUGAAAGUAGCACCACAGAUGAGGUUAACGAUAUGAAGCAAGAUGAUAAUGUGGCCGAUACCGAAAUGGGUGAUGAGGAGAAACAAAUCGAAACUAGUGAACCUCACGAAACUCCGUCCAAAUGGCUUAAUUUUGGAUUUGACAAUGUUCUAGGAUUUGAGGAAAAAAAAUAUGCAAUGAAACCAGAAGCUGAACAAAAAAUAGAUGACUCCACAAAGAAUGAGUCACCAGAAGUUUUAAAUCAAGAUGACUCAUCCAGGCCUACUCACAGUAUGCAAGGUGAGAGCACAGAUAAUCUUGUGAUAAAUGAGAUACAGAAAGACCCUUCCAAGAUCAACAAUGAUUUGACACAAGUGGAUAUUCCUAAAACACUGGAAGACUAUGUUGAUCUGGAUGCUUCCAUUGGUGGGGUCAAUCCAAUAGAAGAAACUGAAUUGUUGACUGGCCAUUCUGACAAACAAACAGUUAGCAACAAAUUAGAAACUCCCAAUGACUUUCAAGAUGAAAAGAUUACAAAACUGCACCAAGAAGACACAGGAAUUGGGGAAGCCGAUGCGUCUAUGCUAAAUUUGAACCUUUUAAAGGAAAACACACUUUUUCAGGAGCAGAAAUCUGAUACUGAUACAGAUGAACCAUCUGAUGUUGGAUUCUUUUCAUUUUCUGAUGGCAUUCGGCUGUGGGACAUGGCUUACUCAAACCUUCUUGAAAUCCACUCAAGCUACGUGAGUCCUGCCUUGUCAGUGAUGACAGAUUCGGUUGACAAGGUUGUCUCUUCUCUCCCAGAUGAUCUCCAGCCUGGCUCGGAUUUCUAUGGCUGCUCCUGGGAAGUGGUGAUCUCUACGGCCGUGCUGGGAUUUCUUUCACUGUUAAUGUUUACAUGCAGAACCGUGCGCUCUGUUAAAAGCAGAUGCUAUUACAGUAGAGAACACAAACUUGGCGAUAAGAUUGUGGAGGCGCUGAAGGAGAAAAGUGAGGUGUUGGAGAAACUCAGCGUUGUUCAGAAACAGUACGAGGAGAUCCAGGAAUCUUUACAAGACCCUAGCCAACAAAAGUUAAUCACCGAGAUAUCUGAUCAAAAGGUAUUGGUGGAAACGCUUCAGGAUUCGAACUCUGCUCUGGAGGAGAAUCUCAGUAAAAUUGAAGAAGAGCUGGAAAAGGAGAAAAGACUGGGCUCAGAGCUUCAGGAUGCGGUUUCUGAAUUAAAUGAGAAAAUCAGAGAUUUGGAAGAGAAAUUUAAGAAGGAGAAAUCGCAGAAGGAAGAAAUACGCACAACUCUGAAAGUAUUUGAGAUCAAUCAGGGAAGGCUUGAAACAUCUCUCCAAGACUCUCUGGAGGAGAAAUCUCACCUACAAGAAAGCAUUAAACAGCUGUCCAAAGAAGCCGAAGGAUGGGAAGAACGUUUUAGCGAGCUUUCAGAGAAUUCACGCAUGCUGACCUCUUCCGUAGAGGUUAUGCAGCAAGACCUGAGCAACAAACAGAGUCAGAUCAAGUCGUUAAUUGAUAGUUUGUUAAAGAUGAAGGACUGGAGCUCUGAGGUGGAUGACGCAAAUGAGGCAGAUGAUAACUCAGCCCUUGAUAUCAAGUGGGACUUUGAAAAUGGGGAGCCCUUAGGAGACCCUCAGAAGCGAACCAUACAGAAGCUGAUCCACGCUGCCAUGCUAAAUGCAUCGUUAAGAAGUGUUGAAUCUGAAAAGCAGCAGAUUUACGAAAACCUCUCCGAUGAAGUGAAAGCAAAAGAACAGCUACAGGAAUGCAUUAAUAAUCUCCAAAACUCCAAGCAAACUCUGUCCACUGACAACAAGUGCCUUGAAAGCGAGAUGGAGAUGCUGAAGCAGAAAAUUAGCGUAAUGUCUGAGAUGUAUCAAGAAAAUGAAACCAAGCUUCACAGAAAACUAACAGUGCAAGAAAACGAGCGAAUGCAGAAAGAGGAGAAACUGUCCAAAAUGGAUGAAAAAGUUAAUUUAGCUGCUGGAGAACUUCUCCACGUCAAGACUCGCGUAAAAGAACUGGAAGAGGAGAUUGAAAAGACGGUCUGCUCCUACCAAAGCCAGGUUUCGUCUUACGAAAAGAAAUCCCAUGACAACUGGCUCACAGCCAGAGAGGCGGAGAGACAUCUCAGUGACCUUAAAAAGGAAACGGCGCACCUUCGCCAAAAGUUAACUGAAGCUGAGUACAAGGUGGAACUUAUUGAAAGAGAUCCCAGUGCCUUGGAUGUCUUCCAUACAAUUGGCAGAGCAUAUGCAGAUGUUUAUAUGAACCACCAAGAGAGCUCUCCGUACGGACAUUCCUACUUUAGCCGAUUGCAUGAAAGCAGAACCUUUCUGUCUCCCCCCACGCUAUUAGAAGGCCCCUUGAGAAUUUCACCCAUGCUUCCUGGAGCGGACAGAGGUUCGAGGUCACCAGGAUAUUACCCAGCAUUCCAUAGCCGAGAGCAGAGAGAUGUAAAUGCUGAAAGAAAAGCAGAUCACCAACGGACUCUUUCAGAUGCUGGUUCGUUGUCGCCUCCAUGGGACCGCGAGCAGAAAGCCAGCCUCCCCCCACCAGAACCACUUUUCCAACAUCGAAGACCGGAGCGAUUGUAUCAUUAUCCUGCACCUUCUGGAAGAUUCUCCGGUCCCGCAGAACUCACCAGAAACCAGGGAAAACCAUUCCACGACUCAACAGAUGGACAAUCUUCUCCAGAAUAUAAAUCCAGCAGGAAUGGAUCUGAAGAGAAUGAGAACCUGCGUGCUUUGCCAAGACCACCGAUGGAAGGAGAAGCAAUGGAGAUGACACAUGGUGUCUACACGGGCCAUCCGCCUCUUAUGAGGAUGCCUCUGUUACCAAUGGAUCCUAGGGGGGCUUUUUUCAGAAGACCGUUCCCUAUGCCGCCGCCCCCUCCAAUGGAGAUGUUUGGACCACCCCCUUAUCAUGGCAUGUCGCCAAUACCACCACUCCAUGCUGCAAUGAGGAGCCCCAUGCCAGUGCCGCAUUACCCACACUUCCCAGUGCACGGAGAUCAGCCAUUCCAUCCGCAACAUGUGCGGCCAGUCUCCAGAAGUGACCUCCCUCCAGCCAACGCUGCUGCUGUUCCUGUACCUCCCGCCAGUGAAUCCGUGCCUGAACCUUUACCGGAAAAUAAAACUUGACAUUGCCUGAAGAUUUAAUGACUCCAACCCUUUAAAUAAUUAACUUUAAUAUAAACAUCUUCAGUAGCAGAUUUCAGGAAAGUGAUUUGUACAAAUUUGACAAUUGUGAAUAACUGGGAUGUACAUGAAGAUUUGUGUUUUUUUUCCCCUUAAUUUAAGAUAAUAGUCAAGAAUUGUAGAUACAUUUUUUUUUUUUAUAGAAUUAGCUUAUUUCUUAAAGCAGAGCUGCCUAACUCAUGAACCUCAGCCAGAAGCUGAUCCAAACCUAUUGUAAAUACUGAAGCAGAAAAUAUUGGUAUGGGAGGAGGGAGGAUAAUUAAAGUGUUUUUUUUUUUUUUUUUACAUUAUAAAAUUAAAAGAGCAGAGCUAUUCUGCUGUUUUACUACAGGCUUUUUUUUUUUUUUUUUUUUUUUUUUUUUAACCUUCAAAUGAUGAAAUAAUUGUAACAGAUAAGAAAACUGUGACUUUCCGUCCUGGCUCAGAAAUCCGGAUCAUGCAGAUCAAUGAGAUGCUUUGUAUGUGACCAUAUUAUUCUUUGAGUGAGUAUUGGAAAGGUCUGUGAGCUAAUUUAUCAUGCUAUACAAGUAGAUGAGCUGGCGUUAGUGCUCCCGUUUCAAAUUAAACUGUUUUUAUGAUAGGAA